AAGUAGGUUUAUGAGUAUAACUAUAUUUGUAAUAGUAUUAGUAAAUAAUUAUCGGGAAAUUUUGUGUAGUAAAAAAUAUAUAGACGACUUUUGAAAUCCAUUUGAAAGGUAUGGGAUAUCCUGAGCGGUACCUGAAGGCAUCGCGAAGAAUUUUGCUGUGGCGUAAAUCUAUGUGCAAGCGUCGUGUUUACAUGAGUCUGCGACAGUUGAGAAAGCUUCUGAGCUACGGUAAGUAUGAUGAGUUCCACCGAAACGUGGGAGGCAACUUGUUGCGCAGCUUCUGGGUCAGCUGGUGGCGGCUCUCCGACGCGCAGAUGUGAACGAGUCUGUUGGAUCGCGCGCGCGCUGACAGCGGCAGUAAAAACCACCACGCCUGCUGGGACCACAAACAACCACAUGUAACCCAACGGUGCUCCACGGCGCACGGAUGAAUGAACGGGACACGGCUUUCUGGGCUAAGCUUGUGCGCUCACUUUGACCCUCACUCCUCCUCUACCGAGUUCUGUUCUAUUCCCGCUCCGAAAACGGAACCGAUGAUUAAGUUCAAGGCCACCCAGACCAGGACUUACGACGUGGAGGGAUUCAAGAGAAGAGCGGCGUGUUUGUGCUUCAAGAACGAGAAAGAGGACGAGGUGUUGCUGGUGAGCAGCAGGCGGCAUCCAGACCUGUGGAUUGUUCCAGGAGGAGGAGUGGAGCCUGACGAGGAGCCGUGUGGGGCGGCGGUCAGGGAAGUGUAUGAAGAGGCUGGCGUAAAGGGAGAACUUGGCAGAUUACUUGGCAUGUUUGAGCACAAUCAGGACAGAAAGCACAGGACUUAUGUUUACACCCUGAUCGUGACCGAGACUCUGGAGGACUGGGAGGACUCCGUCAACAUUGGCAGGAAGAGGAAGUGGUUUAAGAUUGAUGAAGCCAUCCGGCAGCUCCAGAACCACAAACCUGUCCAUGCAGAGUACCUACGCAGAUUGGCAGACUCCUGUGGUCCUUUUUGUGUCUAUACCCCAACUAACGACAGCUGUCCGUGCACUCGUGUGGCAGAAAACGGUGCAUCCCGUUGCUUUGUUUGCUCCACUCAGGGUUCUGAUCUGGUCAACAGAUAAGAAUCACGUCAGACGGAUCCACCGAGAGGACUGUGUUGGACUUCAUGGUGUGAGAUAAUUGCAUUAACCCUGCCUUUUAAAAUGUACAGAAUUAACUUAUUUGAGUUAUAUGAAAUCCAAGUUGGACUAAAGAGAUGUAUGAUUCUUUAUAAAUGUAUUUAUCAAUUCCAUUGAAUAUUUUACAAUUGCAGUUGAAGCGGCAGAAGUCUGCUUAAAACGUUGAGUGAAUUUUCUUUGCCAUGCAUAUGCAAUGUAAAGAUAUUACAAGAGAAGUAUGAGUUGGUUUUCAUAAGAUUUGUACUGUAUGAAGCUGGUGCCAAUGUAAUAUUUUUGUAGAAUAAUUGUGGCCACUUCUAGUUCUCAUUUGAAGUGAUGAGUAAAAACCAAUUUUUCUGCAAG